UGGGUUCAAAUGGGGUGUAGGAAGGUUGCUUGAUUGAGUGGAUUAUGAAUUCAUUGAGACGCCGCUCUCCGGACAGUGCACCUGUGGAGCCAAUGGAGAAGGGGACAGGAAAGAGUCAGAAUACCAGGAUUUGUUUCUUGGCCUCUUUGUCUGUGUUCUUCUGGAUGUUAUUGUUCUACUUCCAUUUCGUUGUGCUGGGAGGUAGUACCGUGAAUGAAUCUGUCAAUAUACAAGCCGCUCCUGUUUACACCGAGGUGAAGCCUACCCUUGGAACUAAUGAUCUUCAGAUGGACAGCAAGAGCAUUGUAUCGACACCUACCCCUGUAGCCCGUUAUCAUCAGACGGACAACCAAAACACUGAAUCGACACCUACUGGUGUAACGGUUGAUCUUCAGAUGGACAACCAAAACACUCAAGCGACACCUACCUACACGGAUGAUCAUCAGAUGGACAACAAAAACACUGAAGCGGCGCCUACUAGUGUAACCGGUGAUCAGCAGAUGGGCAACCAAAGCACUGGAUCAACCCCUACCAAUGUAGCCAGUGCUCAGCAAUCGGAGGCCCCUGCGAAAAUCGAUCACAUCAAUGAAGUGGAGAAAUAUCCAUUCAUGAGAGCAUUGAGAACUGUCGAAAACAAGAGUGAUCCAUGUGGUGGGAAGUAUAUUUAUGUGCAUGAUCUUCCAUCGAGGUUUAAUGAGGAUAUGUUAAAGGAGUGUAGGAGUCUAAGCCGUUGGACAAAUAUGUGCAAGUUCACAACUAAUGCUGGGCUCGGGCCUCCACUUGAGAAUGCAGAGGGUGUGUUCGGGGAUACGAGUUGGUAUGCCACAAAUCAGUUCGCUGUGGAUGUCAUAUUUAACAAUCGGAUGAAGCAAUAUGAGUGCUUGACAAAUGAUUCGUCUAUCGCUGCAGCUAUUUUUGUUCCCUUUUAUGCUGGGUUUGACAUUGCCCGAUACCUUUGGGGAUUCAACAUAUCAAGGAGGGAUGCGGCUUCACUUGAUCUGGUUGACUGGCUUAUGAAGAGGCCAGAAUGGGGCAUUAUGGGUGGCAAAGACCACUUUCUUGUUGCAGGAAGGAUAACAUGGGAUUUCAGGAGACUGUCAGAGGAAGAAUCGGACUGGGGUAACAAGCUUCUCUUUCUGCCGGCUGCUAAGAAUAUGUCUAUGCUUGUGGUAGAAUCAAGCCCGUGGAAUGCUAAUGAUUUUGGUAUUCCAUAUCCCACAUAUUUCCAUCCAGCAAAAGAUGCUGAUGUUUUCGUUUGGCAGGAGCGAAUGAGAAGAUUAAAGCGUGAAUUCCUUUUCUCUUUUGCUGGUGCCCCGCGUCCUGACAAUCCCAAGUCAAUUAGGGGGCAGAUCAUUGAUCAGUGCAGGAGUUCAAAGGUUGGUAAGCUGUUGGAAUGUGAUUUUGGGGAAAGCAAGUGUCAUUCUCCAAGCAGUAUAAUGCAGAUGUUUCAGCGCUCUCUUUUCUGUCUGCAACCUCAAGGUGAUUCAUACACACGAAGGUCUGCUUUUGAUUCAAUGUUGGCUGGUUGCAUACCUGUCUUCUUCCAUCCUGGGUCGGCAUACACACAAUAUACUUGGCAUUUACCAAAAGAUUAUACAAGGUAUUCAGUGUUCAUCCCAGAGGACGAUAUUCGCAAGGGGAACGUUAGCAUAGAGGAAACACUUAGUCGAAUUCCUCCCGAGCAGGUGAAGAAAAUGAGGGAGGAGGUCAUAAACCUUAUUCCAAGUAUGAUAUAUGCCGAUCCCCGCUCAAAGUUGAGGAUUUUUAGAGAUGCCUUUGAUGUUUCUGUACAGGCAGUUAUUGACAAAGUUACAAACUUGAGGAAGGACAUCAUCGAAGGCCGUAUAGAUGAUAACUUCAUUGAAGAAAACAGUUGGAAGUAUGCUUUGUUGGAGGAGGGACAACGUGAGGUAGGAGCUCACGAAUGGGAUCCUUUCUUCUCGAAGCCGAAGGAUGGGAACGGAGAUUCUGUUGAUGCAUCUGCCGAAGCUGCCAAAAACUCUUGGCAUAAUGAACGACGACAUCAAUCAUCGGGCAGAUAACAGCACAGCAAUAAGGAUUCCACUGAUAGCUAAUGCAUGAAGACAACCGAUCAGCGGAUGAGCCUUCCCGCAUUGAGUUUCGGCUGGUAUUGUCACGAGCGCUCAUCACUGUUGUCGCCCUCAAGAUAUCCAGGCCCCAGAGUCUUGUUCAAAUCCAAAACAUAUACGCAUUCUGCUUCUAGUGCUUUUUUUUUUCUUCGAUAGAAAAGUUAAUGUUUCUGCAUUACGUAAUUUUGUCUAGUAAUUCUUUGCCAUGUCAUUUAGCCGAGUUUUUCGUGUUCGUAUUUACUUACAGGAAAUAAAAAUGAGUAUAAUUAUGGGUCCUCUACCAUACAA